AUGCCGCUUGUGACCGCAACGACCGCAGUACUUCCGGACGAGCGGGACGAUGGCCUCGGGCUGAUGCCGAUUUCUGUGCCGUACCAGUCAACUCGGCCGACCUCAGAAGCCAAGUCCCUCUUCCUACGGACGGGAAGUUCCAGCCCGGCUGCAAUAUCAGAAAGGAUUUACAGACCUUGUCUAGAGCGUGUGGUGUUCCUUUUGACCUCUGACUGUGAUUUGCUAAGGACGGAUUUGUCACUACCAAGUUAUCAAGAUGUCCAUGUUCCGCACUUGGCUUCAAAGAUCACCAUGGAUCUUGAUAAGCUAGUCCAGCAUCUCGCGGCAAAUGCGACAUGUCUUGGUCCAGUCCCAGGUAUUCGAAAGGCCGCUGUGGACUCUUCCAUUCGGGAAUCCAUUAUCACCGUCUGA